CCCUCUCCCCUGGCCUCCUAGUUAGGGUCAUCUCCUCGUGCUCUCUCUCUCUCUCUAAAAUCACAGAUGAGCCAUACCAAAAGGCCAUAAAAUAGUGUGUGUGAUCUCCCACACGCGCACACAAACACAAGCUCGCCAUCCUCCUUACAUCCAUCACCCUCUUCUCGCUCAUCAUAUCAUACGACUAUACGAGGAAUUCUUUCCAACCUACAAUCUUCUUUCCCUGAUAGCCAGCUCUCUCUCUCUCUCUAUCUAUCUAUCUCUCUCUCUCUCUCUACCACGGUACCACCACCGCUAAUCACACCUAACCUUCUCGAGCUAGCUCAAAGGAAGAAGAAGCUGGAGACAUCAAAUCCACUCCACUCUCUUCCAGACAACCACUCCGUUUACCAGGUUAAAAAGUAUACACGCCAAGAUAUAUACUUAUCUCUGUGUAUAGAUACCAUGGCCUAAUUGACCAUGGACGUCACCGGAGACGGCGGAGGCGGCCGCCGCCCCAACUUCCCAUUGCAACUUCUUGAGAAGAAGGAGGAGCAGCCGUGCUCCAGCUCAGCGGCGUGGAGCACGGCUGCAGUGGGCGCCUCGGCAGGCGGCAACGGGAACGGAUCGGGGGCGGCCGGAGGGGCUGGAGGCGAGGUGCAGGUGCGGAAGGGGGCGCCCAAGAGGAGCUCAACCAAGGACCGGCACACCAAGGUGGAAGGCAGGGGGCGGCGCAUCCGGAUGCCGGCGCUGUGUGCGGCGCGGGUGUUCCAGCUGACGCGGGAGCUGGGGCACAAGACGGACGGCGAGACCAUCGAGUGGCUGCUGCAGCAGGCCGAGCCGGCGGUGAUCGCGGCCACCGGCACUGGCACCAUCCCUGCCAACUUCACCUCUCUCAACAUCUCCCUCCGCUCCUCCGGCUCCUCGUUCUCCGCCCCGGCUCACCUCCGCGCAGCCUUGCCCAGCCCCGCCACAGCCGCACGGUUCGGCCGUGCUGACGCGUGGGACCGGGUUGUUGGCCUUGGGUUCCCUUUGGAGGGCCCCGCCUCGUCGUCGCCGUCCCCGUUGUUGCUUAACUUCCACUCGGGCAGCGUCGGUCUUGACGUGCAACCGUCGCCGUCUGCUGCCGCCGCAGCCGCCGACAUCUCGAGGAAGCGGCGGUGGGAACAAGAAAUGCAGCAACAGCAGCAGCAGCAGCAGCAGCAGCAAUAUCAGCAGCAGAUGGCGGGGUACACGCAGAGCCAAAUGCCGGGCACCGUGUGGAUGGUGCCGAGCAACAACACACAGGGAGGGGCGCCUUCGGGCAGUGGUGGAGGCGGCGGCGGCGGCGGCGGCGGCGGCGGCGGAGGAAGUGGCGAGUCGAUUUGGACGUUCCCGCAGAUGGGUAGCGCCGCCGCCGCCGCCGCCGCCGCUACUGCCGUGUACCGGGGCAGCGUGCCGAGCGGGCUACAUUUCAUGAACUUCCCUGCACCGGUGGCGCUGCUUCCGGGGCAGCAGCUGGGGCUCGGCCCCGUGGGAGGCAGCGGCGGCGGAGGCGGAGGCGGAGGCGAGGGGCACAUGGGGAUCCUCGCCGCCCUCAAUGCGUACCGGACACAGGCGGCGACGGAUUCCGCGGCAGUCCAGGGCGGAGGUGGUGGAGGAGGGUCUGGCCAGCAGCAACAUGGUGGUGGCCGCGGCGAGCGGCAUGAGAGCAUGAGCACCAGCGACUCGUAGGACGCGUCUCUGAGGAUCGCAUGCAUCGGUCUGCUCUCCUCCUAGGUAGGCAUACUCUUGCGAGGAUCACUCAGCUGCAUUCCAUGGCAUGCGAUAGGGAUUAGUCAUCUUUACGCAAGCUGUGCUGCUUGUGAGUGAGAGCGAGGUGUCUCAUGGGAAGAGGAGGGAAGAAACGCAGCAGCAGAGAGAUUGUUCAUUUUGUUCUUUAGCUUUAGGGUUUGAUCAAGUGCGAGCAGAAGAUAUUCUUAUCAAGCAUGGCAUUCAUCUGCCGUGAUGGUUCAUUUUUUUUCACCCAAAGUGCCAGUUCUAGCUCUCGUAUUCUACUACUCUACCUUCCAUUU